AUGAGACCUCCGCGACGCCUCCCUCACUUGACCUCUGAUGAUAUCAAUCCUGAUACCCGACCAAAUCCAGCAGAUUGUACGUCCUCAUCAAUCAUCGACACCACAGAAAAUACGAAACGGGACUUGGAAGAUAUAUCUUCCGAGCCCUUGGACCUCGAUAUGGAAUCAGAGUUACUCGAUGCUUUCUUAAACCUCAUCAACAGCUCUCAUCCAUACGUUCAUCAACUAUCUUUCCAGCAUUCCAGCGAGCUCCCUGGUCAAUGCGAUAAACUCAUAUGCAAUCUGGAUAUUUGCAAUGCGGUCAAACAGCGCCUAUACGAAUGGGGAGUAACAAUGCCAUGGGAGUUGUUAGUUCUAGCUUCUGAACGGGAUGAUGUAAACAUGGGGAGGAUAGCUUUGAAAAGCAUGGAUUCAAGUAUAUUCAUCAACGAAAUGUCAUGGUACAAUUUUCGAGCCACCCCACAAGAAAUGAUACCAUUGAGAUCUAGACCCUUUUGGGAGAGGAUGGGGAUGUUAUCUCCUUCGUGGCAGAUUGAAUUGAUAAAAUUAACAUUCGAAGGCCCAAUCAGGAAACACGUUAGCCCAAAUCCAGACAAGACACUAUACCUAGGACACACGGAACCUCAAACCGUCAUGUUACUUCGGAAGGAUUGGGAUUGCGAUAGGGACAAAUUUGCACAGAGUUUCAAUCCGUAG